AGAGCCCUCUACAGGGACGUCAUGCAGGAGAACUACGACACGGUGACCUCGCUGGGGGGUGCUGGGAUGGUGAGUGAGAAUGAGGAGAAGAAUCCACAGCAGGAAGGUGGUGAGGACGUGGGUCUGCAGGGAACGGUAUUGGGAAGAUCCAAGCGGAAUUUUUAUAAGAAUCAUAAACCAGGAAAAGCCUGGGGAAAUCAGCGCAGGUCAGAGAGGCUGCUGGGAUAUGACCCAGGGAAGAAAAUGUGUGAACCCAUAAAUGAUGGUGGAGAUUGCGAGGACCUCAAGGAAACCACAGCCCAGCAGAGAAUCCCCACAGAAGAGAGAAAAAACACAUGCACCGAGUGUGGGAAAAGCUUUAUUCGGCGGUCACAUCUUAUUUCCCAUCAGAGGAUCCACACUGGAGAGAAACCCUACAAGUGCCUUGUCUGUGGGAGAGGUUUCAGCCAGACCGCACACCUUAUUUCACAUCAGAGGAUUCACACGGGAGAGAAACCCUAUAAGUGCCUUGACUGUGGGAAAGGUUUCAUUCAGGGUUCACAUCUUCUUAGGCAUGAGAGAACCCACACGGGUGAGAAACCCUAUAAAUGCCUGGAAUGCGGGAAAAGCUUCAUUCAGAGUUCAGAUCUUAUUUCACACCAGAGAACCCACACGGGAGAAAGAGCCUAUAAGUGCCUGGAAUGUGGGGAAAGUUUUGAUUGGAACAUGCAGCUUGUUAGACAUCAGAUGCACCAUACAGGAGAGAAACCCUACAAAUGCCUGGAUUGCGGGAAAGCAUUUAGUGAUAGUUCAGCCCUUAUUAUUCAUCAGAGACUCCACACGGGAGAGAAACCCUAUAAGUGCCUCGACUGUGGGAGAAGAUUCAAUCAAAACUCACUCCUUACUAGACACAAGAGAACCCACACCGGAGACAAACCCUACAAGUGCCUGGACUGUGGGAAAAGUUUCAAUCAGAGCUCAUACCUAAUUGCACAUCAGAGAACGCACACAGGAGAGAGACCCUAUACAUGCCUCAAGUGUGGGAAAAGUUUCAGUUGGAGCUCAGAUCUGACGGCACAUCAGAGAACCCACACAGGAGAGAGACCUUAUAAGUGCCUGGAAUGUGGGAAAAGAUUCCUUCAAAGCUCAAAUCUUAGUGUGCAUCUGAGAAUCCAUACUGGAAAAACACCCUAUAAAUGCCCCGACUGCGGGAAAAACUUCAGUCAGAGUUCAAACCUGACUAGACACCAGAACACCCACAUGGCAGGAAAAACCUCAUAAAUGCCUUGACAGUGGGAAAAUGUUUAAUGGUAAAGCACAAUUAAUACUCAUCAGAGAACCCACCCUGGAAAGAGACCCUAUAGAAGUAUUGACAGUGGGCGAAAGUUUAAUGACAAAGCACACCUUAGUAUACAUCAGAGAACCCACACAGGAGAGAAGCCCUAUAAAUACCUUUACUCUGGGAAAACAUUUUUUUCAGAGCUCAGAUCUUAUUUCACAGUACAGCAUCCUUAUGGGAGAGAAACCAUAUAAAUGCCAGGACUGUGGGAUAAAUUUCAAUCAUAGGUCAAACCUAAUUUGACAUCAGAGGAUCCAUACAGGAGGGACACCUUAUAAAGUGUGGGAAAGAAUUUAGUGACAAGUCACGCCUUAUGGGACAUCAGAGAAUCCACA